UGCUCAGCUCUGCCUCCACCGGCUCAGUCAGCUCGCAACAACCCUGCAGCUUGCUUCACCAUCACCCUCCCUCCAUGGCCGACCGCGUCCACCCCGUGCCGGCGCCUCCGCCUCGACGACCCGAUCAACCACCCGCCGACGCCGACGACGAAGCCCCUGCCACCGGUACCGCCGCCGCGGCGGCCACGGAGACCACGCCGCUGCACCCGUCCUUCAACCGCCUGCCCUCGCCGCCGCCCGGCACCUACAUCGUCCAGGUGCCCAAGGACCAGGUCCUCCGCGUCCCGCCCCCGGACCGCGCGCGCCGCUACAAGAAGCUCGCCGCGCGCCCGGCCCGGCGCCGCCUCCUCCGCCGCGCCUGCUGCUGCUCCUGCGCUGCGCUCCUGCUCCUGCUCCUCCUCGCCGCGGCCUUCGCCGGCGCGAUCUACCUCGUCUUCCGCCCCCGCGCGCCCACCUUCUCCGUCGCCUCCCUCUCCAUCCGCGGCCUCGACGGCGCCCCCUCGUCGUCGUCCGCGCUCUCCCCGGAGCUCGACGCCACCGUGCGCGCGGACAACGGCGCGAACAGGAAGGUCGGCGUCGACUACCGCGGCGGCGGGAGCGUUACGGUCUCCUACGCCGGGCAGCGGCUCGCCGCGGGGCCGUGGCCCGCGUUCCGGCAGGCGCCGCGGAACGCGACGGUGUUCGCGGCGGCGAUGAGGGGCCGGGGCGUGCGGCUCAGCGAGGAGCAGGCGAGGCGGCUCGCGGCGGAGCGGGCCGCGGGCGCCGUGCCGCUGGCGGUGGAGGCGAGGGUGCCCGUGCGGCUGCGGUUCGGGAAGGUGCUGCGGACGUGGACGGUGGACGUGAAGGCGCGGUGCGACGUGGCCGUGGACAGGCUGGAGGGGGACGCGGCGGCGGUGAACAGGGGGUGCAGGGUCAGGGUCAGGCCGCUCUGGUGGUGGUGGUGAUCGCCGCCGCCGGCGCCGGCGCUCCUGUCCACAUGCAUGGUUAAUGCCGCCUAAUUAAUAUAAACGGCUAGUGAUGAAUUACUACUCCGUAUUAGCAGCAACGGUGUACUAUUGAACACAGAGACUAGUAGCAGUAGAAGGUUGCCUGUGGAGUAAAUUUGUUUCAAAACAAAAUUCUAGAGAAAAUUUUUGGGGUGUGGGUGUAUGUGUACAAUAUUUCAUAUUUGGAGAUGAUGAUGUGAAGAAGGAAGGCUAUUGUCAGUAAUUCAGUACAUACACAGAAUGCUCUACGCGCGGGUUGCAUCAUCACAUGUAAAUGGUGAAAUUAUUUUAUGUUACUGUACAGAACAUAAGUAAA